GCACGACCACACUACCCACCCACCUCCACUACUGACGACCGAUUCCCAGAAAGCUCGAUCUAGCGCGCGCGGCUGCAGAGUGCAGACGACGACGUACACCAUGGCGCGGCGGUCCCUGGCCCUGCUGCUCGCGUCGUCGCUCGCCCUGAUGGCGGCCGCCGUCGCGUCGGCGGACUCGUGGCUCUACGACAAAUUCAACACGGACGGCACCGUCCGCACCCAGUACGACGCGUCGGGGCAGGAGGUGGCGAUGCUCAGCCUGGACCGCAGCUCUGGCGCCGGCUUCAACUCCAAGGAGCAGUACCUGUACGGCGAGUUCAGCGUCCAGAUGAAGCUCAUCCCCGGCAACUCCGCCGGCACCGUCUCGUGCUUCUACCUCUCGUCGGGCGACGGCGACGGGCACGACGAGAUCGACAUGGAGUUCAUGGGCAACGCGAGCGGGCAGCCGGUGGUGCUGAACACGAACGUGUGGGCCAGCGGCGACGGCAAGAAGGAGCACCAGUUCGACCUCUGGUUCGACCCCUCCGCCGACUACCACACCUACACCAUCAUCUGGAACCCGGCCAACAUCCUGUUCAAGGUGGACGGCGACGUGAUCCGGUGCUUCAAGCGCUACGCCGACCUGCCGUACCCGAGCGCGAGGCCCAUGGCGCUGCACGCCACGCUGUGGGACGGCAGCUACUGGGCCACCGAGAAGGGCAAGGUGCCGGUGGACUGGUCCGCCGCGCCCUUCGUCGUCUCCUACCGGGGCUACUCCGCCAACGCCUGCGUCAGCGGCGGGGCCUGCGGCGGCGGCGGCGACGACGGGUGGAUGAGCAAGCAGCCCGACGACGCCGAGUGGGGCACCAUCCGGUGGGCCGAGAGCAACUACAUGCGCUACAACUACUGCGACGACGGCUGGCGGUUCCCCCAGGGCCUCCCGCCCGAGUGCAGCCGCAGCUAAGCUAGCUGAUUCCGCCGGUUUUCGUACGCUCGGCGGCGUCCGCUGACGACACACGCCUUGUUGGUUUGUUCUUGCUGGACAUCAUACAUCUCUAUAUGCAUGAUUCUUGUUCUGUUAUUGUUAAAUCGUGAUUACAAUACUUGUAAUUGUAAAGAAGUGUGUGGGCACGGGAGUAUAUCACUGUAGUUUUAAUUUGCUUGUAAAGAAAAGAAGGGUUUUUUUACUUGUGACGCGGGAGCUAGCGACUGCGUCCUGUUCGCGUAAAAUGUUUGCAAUGGAUGAUGAUGCAUGUACGCAGCAACAGCUAGCAGUGUACUACUUCCACAUAUUAUUGCGUUCAAUCAA